AUGGCUUCGUGCGCCAUGGCACCAACCGCGGCCCAGAAGACCACGGCUGCCGAGCCUGACCCCGGGAUGAACCAGACUCCUGAACCAUGUACGGUCUUUACAAGGCUAGAGAAAUGCUGCAUCGUCGCCAUGAUAUCUUACGCAUCCUGGUCUGCCAACCUCAGCACCUUUAUCUUCCUCCCAGCACUGAAGCCCUUGUCCGAAGCUUUCGAAGUGUCGGUGGACAAGAUCAACCUCAUAAUCACCGUCUACAUGGCCGUUGGAGCGGUGGUCCCGCUGUUUGUUGGACACGCUGCGGAUAUCCUAGGGAGACGGGCGGCGUAUGUCGUGACGCUGUUCUUGUUUGCCACCGCGAACCUCUGCCUCGCCCUGGCGGGAUCGGGUGAUCCUCAUCGGAUACGGUAUUCUUGGGGCCUGAUGUACGCUGUGUACUCAGCCCUCACGGCAAGUCUCUCAACGCUCUUCAUCGAGAUCUACGGUCUGAGCGAGUGGCAAGCCGGCCUGAUCUAUCUUCCGUUCGCUCUGGGUGGGACCGCCUCAACGCUCUUCUCAGGCCAUCUGCUCGACACGGCAUACAGUAAAGCCCGCACGAAGCGCGGGCUGCCGAUCGAUCGUAUCAGAGGGGACGACCUGGACAGCUUCCCAAUGGAGAGAGCACGGUUGAAUGUUAUGUGGAUACCGAUGAUUCUUAUUGCGAUUUGCACAGUAGCUUACGGAUGGGUGUUGCAGCAUAAACAGCACAUCGCGAUAUCAAUGGUCCUUCAGUUCGUGACAGGCAUGGCUUUGCAGGUCAACUUUAGCAGCUUCAACACGCUACUUGUCGAUAUCAACCAUCGUGCGCCUUCAGCCGCCAACGCAUCUACAAGUCUAGUGCGGUACGCAUUUGCGGCAAUAGUGGUCGCCUUUCUGGAGGACAUGUUUCAGUCGAUAGGCAUUGGCUGGGCUUUCACGCUGAUAGCAGGCUUCAUUGUCGUUGCUGUGGCUCUUCUUGCAUUAGAAUACUGCCGAGGCCUGGCUUGGAGGCAGGCUGCGGCUCUUAAAGAUUGUAGUUUAUAG